AGUGUGGAGCAAGACCUCUGGCUUCUCGAAUAGUUGGUGGUCAGGCUGUGGCUUCUGGGCGAUGGCCAUGGCAAGCUAGUGUGAUGCUUGGCUCCCGGCACACAUGUGGGGCCUCUGUGCUGGCACCCCACUGGGUAGUGACUGCUGCCCACUGCAUGUACAGUUUCAGACUGUCCCGCCUGUCCAGCUGGCGGGUUCAUGUGGGGCUGGUCAGCCACAGUGCUGUCCGACAUCACCAGGGAACUAUGGUGGAGAAGAUCAUUCCCCACCCUUUGUACAGCGCCCAGAACCACGACUAUGAUGUGGCUCUCCUGCAGCUCCGGACUCCACUCAACUUCUCAGACACUGUGGGUGCUGUGUGCUUGCCGGCCAAGGAGCAGCACUUUCCAAGAGGGUCGCAGUGCUGGGUAUCUGGCUGGGGCCACACCGACCCCAGCCAUACUUAUAGCUCAGACACACUGCAGGACACAGUGGUACCCCUGCUCAGCACCCACCUCUGCAACAGCUCAUGCAUGUACAGUGGGGCGCUCACACACCGCAUGCUGUGUGCCGGCUACCUGGACGGAAGGGCAGAUGCAUGUCAGGGGGACAGUGGGGGACCCCUGGUGUGUCCCAGUGGCGACAUGUGGCACCUUGUAGGGGUGGUCAGCUGGGGUCGUGGCUGUGCAGAGCCCAACCGCCCAGGUGUCUAUGCCAAGGUGGCUGAGUUCCUGGACUGGAUCCACGACACUGUGAGG